CAAGCAGGUCCUGCUUAAUGUGACGUUCCCGGAAAUUGUAAAGCACAGCGUUCGAGAGAAAGCGAGAAAGAGAAGAACGCAAGAAAUAUGCUGUCGUUUUUUAAAUCAAUUCCCACGCAUAUGGAUUACAAAGGCCAGAAACUGGCUGAACAGAUUUUCCAAGGGAUCAUUCUCGUCUCGGCGGUGAUUGGAUUUAUCUACGGUCUAAUCAUUGAACAAUUUGGAUGGACUGUUUACAUAGUCCUGGCUGGUUUUGUCGUAUCAUGCAUUAUGACUUUGCCUCCAUGGCCAAUGUUCAGAAGGAAUCCCCUGUCUUGGCAGCCUGUUAAAGAAGACGCCAACGCCGAGCCCAACCCAAAACCUCAGGAGAGUCAAAAGAAAAAGAAGCAUAAAUAACUUUGGAAACAUUCCUCCCACUUUGUGUUCCAGUAUUGAAUACAUGUGGUCAAUAAAAUAUUCAUGUGUUUAAUUCAUGUUGUCACUAUUAAACCAAAC